AAGGAGAUAGCUUUCAAUUUGGAAGUAUAUUUGUUUUUUUUUUAAUACAAUCAUUGCCGCACAUAACGAAGAUUGGGGACUACUAAAAACCGCAUGGUGUGCUUUUGAUGCCAUUAAAAAUGCGAAAUCAUUUGCCAUGUCUUGUGGCCCUGCUAGUUUUAACCGUAUGUUUCUUAGCAGUUUGCGCUUACUACACUAUAAUGCACCCGAAACAGAUUCAUCUGGAAAGCUGCUAUCUCAAAGGAGGCUUUUGCAGGGAGCUGUGGAACUGCGAGGAGAGGUACCAAAGUCGCCUCCGCACCACGUGCAUCAACAAGCGAAAGGUUUGCUGUAUGCCCACGAUCCAGAUGAAAAGUCUGCAGGAUGCCGAAGAUUACGCCGAGUGAAGGUCACCCGCAUCAAGGACUAUCAGCCAGAUCGCUCCGAGACCAUACGAUUUCAUUUGCAAGUACUAUGUAUUGAAUGUACCAUAUCGUAGGCAAUUUUUAUUUUAAGAAUAAUCAACUGAAAGUAUUAUUCCGGAACGCAUAUUUCUAAAUUUGAUGUACUGUCCUGGGAUAUUUUCAAGAAAGGAAAUUCAAAAGUGUUGUUUACUAUUCUAACUAUUUUAUUCUGUUCUUCUGU